CCCCCAACGGCCGCGCCCCGCGCGUUGCGCCCCGCCUCGCCCCGCCCCAGGGGCGGUCCCAGACAGGGCCCCGCCCCUCCCGCGGCGUCACUUCCCGGACGCCGCCGGAGCCGCGCGCAGUUCCCGUUGGGCCCCGUCAGGACGCGGUCGGCGCGGCCCCCGCCGGCAGGAUGUCAGCCAGUGUUCCUGGAAGCUCAAAUGUGGCUGCUGGCAGUAAUCGUCGACUUCAGCAGACUCAACAUCAAGUGGAUGAGGUUGUUGACAUCAUGAGAGUAAAUGUGGACAAAGUAUUGGAACGAGAUCAGAAGCUGUCAGAGUUGGAUGACCGUGCUGAUGCACUGCAAGCAGGAGCUUCCCAGUUUGAGACCAGCGCAGCCAAGCUGAAAAGAAAGUAUUGGUGGAAGAACUGUAAGAUGUGGGCAAUUUUGAUAGCUGUUGUUCUCUUUAUCAUCAUCAUCAUUAUUGUCUGGAGUGCGUUUUCAUGAGUUACAGGAAGAAACUCCAGUCCACUGAAGGUGUCUGUCUUCAGCCUCUCCAAUUCAAACCUGCUGUGUUUUCAGCCCAUCUACUGCUGUUUAAAGCAAACCUAUUCUGAUUACUGAAAUGCUAACUUUACCUGGUUGCCUUAAGACACUCCUAAUACAAAUACUAACAAGCACA